AUGUUGAAAGUGAUAGUAGUGAUUAUGACAAUUUUCCCAUCGGAACUAUCUCUGAAGACGUUAUCAUCAGCAAAAAACGAUGAGCAAGGCGAAGAGAAAAAUGAAGGCGUAAGCGAUGAGAUAACCCGAAGUAGCGGAAAACCUGCAAAGUCCGAAGAGAAAUUUCCAGAAUCUCGUCGCAAAAUGAAACGUAACAGUAAAUUUCGUGAAGCUGUUCGAAGGAAAAAACCGCUCUUUGAUCCCAAUGAGAAGACCUUUGAAGAAUAUUUCAAUGAAUAUUAUGCUCUCAACUACGAGGAUAUUAUCGGAGAUCAUCUUACACGCUUCAAAUACAGGCAGGUUGUGCCGAAUGACUUUGGCCUAUCGGUGGGCGAAAUCUUGUCAGCAGACGAUCGGCAACUAAAUGCAUGGGCUUCGCUCAAAAAAGCAACUGGUUACCGAAGUGAGCACGAGGAACUUGUUGAUGUGAAUCGAUUUAAGAAAAAGGCGGCUGAUGUGAAGAAAAAGCAGCGCAUUUUUUCCACUGAUUUUGGAGGAAAAAAGUCUAAGAAGUCGGAAAGUCAACCUGCAGAAAGCGAGGUCCUAGCCAGCACCAGUGAGACAAAGAAGAAGAAAAAGAAGAGGAAGAAGCAGAUUGAUCAAAUUAGCUCCCAGGAGAACGCGGAAGCAGUGGCAUCGCAACCGUGCGUCAACGGCGUCGCUGAAUCAAAUGAUGAGCAGGAGAAAAAGAAAAAGAAGCGAAAAAGGAAAAGAAAGGCUCAUGAUAUUAUUCAAUCCGUACAGGAAAUUCAAACAAGCGAAGCACCACCACCCACGAAGAAAGCAAAAGUCAAACAUCCUUUAAAAGAAAAGCUUAGGAAUAUGGGUGGAGUUCUCAGUUACUUUCGUGGUCUGUUUGGUCAGCGGGAAAUGCGUAUCCUGAUCCUUGGUUUAGAUGGUGCAGGAAAAACAACUAUCCUCUACAGAUUACAGGUUGGAGAAGUCGUCACAACUAUUCCAACCAUUGGGUUCAAUGUUGAGCAAGUAGAGUACAAGAAUCUCAAAUUCCAGGUGUGGGACCUUGGUGGACAAACGUCAAUUCGCCCAUAUUGGAGGUGUUAUUAUGCUAAUACCGAUGCCAUUAUCUACGUGGUAGAUUCUGCAGAUAGGGACAGAGUUGGAAUCUCACGUCAAGAGCUGGUGGCUAUGCUACAAGAAGAUGAACUCCAAGGAGCCAUCCUUGCUGUUCUUGCCAAUAAACAGGAUAUUCCCAAUUGCCUGACUCCAGCUGAGGUCCAUAAAGCACUGGGACUGGAGGCAUUACGAAAUAGGACGUUCCAGAUUUUCAAAACUUCUGCGUCAAAGGGUGAAGGACUUGAUGAGGCUAUGGAAUGGUUGGCCAAUAACCUGCAGCAAAAAAAGUAG